AUGACACACAUUGAUGUCCACUCCCUCACCCAGCCGGUGGGCAUCCUGCGGUUGAUGGCCAUCGUCCUAACCUGUAUGACUUUUAGCCUGGUGGCAUCAGUGGGGUAUGUCCCUUCUCCUUACUGGGCAUGGUGCAUGUUCACCUGGUGCUUCUGCUUCUUCUUCACCCUCCUCAUCGUCAUUUUUGAGUUCACCACCUUCAGCACCAAGUUACCCUUUGCCUGGGAUGACUUCACCACCGCCUUCGCCAUGCUGGCGAGCCUCAUGUGCCUGGCCGCCGCAGUCAUUUACCCCACUUUUUUCACCUGCGGUGUAUGUCACCUGGAGAUCGGUGCCUCUGUGGUAGCGUGGGUGUGCUCCGGGGUGUUCGUUGGCGAGGUGAUUCUGACUCGGCUUCGUCCGAGUGGGGAAAUCCGUGGCUUCCUCUCCACGUUGCCUGGUUUGUUGAAAAUGCUGGAGAUUUUCCUGGCCUGCCUUAUCUUCACGUCUCUGGAGAGCAGCCAGUUCUCAGGCACCCCUGAAAUGCAGUGGUGUGUGGCCGUGUACUCCUUGUGCUUCAUCUUGGCCAUGCUUAUCAUCCUGCUCACUGUCGGACAACUGACCUCGCGGUUACCGUUCUUUGACAAGAUGGUGGUCGUGUAUGACGUUUUAGCAGCGGUGAUGUACAUGACAGCUAUGGUGAUCUGGCCUCUUUAUAGCUUCUCAAACAACGCAAGACCCCCGAACUGUGGUUUCUUGUGUUCGUGGGAUAAACUGGUGGUGGUCACCUUCAUGACUAUCCUCAACUUCUGUGUUUACACCCUGGACUGCGUCUACUCCAUACGGCUUUUGUGGUCUGCAGCGAGUCACACUUAAAAAAAUGACAAUCAUUGAAGUGUUGUGUGCACAAAAGGUUGUAAGCGAUAACGCAUCUUUUGUUUUUUCCAUGAAAUGACAUACUGCACAUGCAUGUUUGGUUCUAGUGAAUGACUAAAAGAUAUGAUUACUGCCUAAAACUGGGAAGAUAAAUAGCUUUUAAAACUAUGUAUCCUGAACCAAUGAGAAGAAUCUAAUGGCCCAUGUAAUAAUAUAGUGCUCAUUUUAUUACCUCUGUAAAUCAUUACAUAUCAUUAUGGGUGUGAAAGUGUGUCAUAACCA